AUUGCUGACAUUUUUACUAAGGGUCAUACUGCCACUUGUUUUGCUCAACUCAAGUCCAAGCUUCUAGUGUGUCCACCUCCUAUACGCUUGCGGGGGGAUGUUAGAGCCUUUGAUGAUCAUGCAGCAAAUCCAGAUGAUAAUCCUGAUCCUAAUCCAGCCUUUGAUCAUCAUGUAGCAAAUCCAAAAGAUCAUCUUAAUCCUGAUCUAGCAUAUCCAAUGUUUCAAUCCUCUGUUACUUGA